GUCUCUUUACUGUAGAACGCAUUCACAAUUAUGGCUACCCAAAAACUGUUGUGCCUGAUUCUCCUCGUCGCCGGGACGAAAGGAGACGUUUUCGAUUACAACUUCGAGGCACUUUCGUCGCCACGUAUGCUUUCCGAUGCCCUCGAAUCUUUUCUGUUACGCAACGCAACGGCGGUAUCAUGGAACUGUUCGGCACAAUUGAGCGAGUACGUAGUCGGCCUUCGGUCGAGGGAGGAGUGGGCGUUAAAGAUGUACGACUCCACUGGAAAGCUUCCGGCUGGAGUAUUGGACGGGAAUCUGGCCGAGCUGGGUUCAUUUGAUGAGUGCCUCUAUGUCACGAAGUUAAACGAGGAACCCGAGGGUUCCAGUUUUACGGGACAGUAUUGCUUGGGGUCAAUUUACGUAAAUGCAACACGGAACAUCAGCGCUGAAAUCUUAUUUGGGGUUUUUGCGAACAAAUUGGCAUUUUCCACGUGCCUCCCUGACGCAUGUUCAGAUACGGACGUUCAAACUAUCAUCCGAGGCAUUGGAAUCAACUUUACCACUGAGGACCCUCACUGCCAAACUUUGGCGAAACGGCCAGAAUUGGACACUGGAGGUAUCAUUGGAUUGACUAUUACUGUAUGUUUAGCAUUGCUGAUGGUCGCGUCUACAAUCUACGACAUACGUAAUAAGUUCACUGGGAAACGUGCUCCAAAUAGACUUCUGUCUGCAUUUUCGAUAUACACAAACCUCAAGAAUAUCUUCAACACGAAGUCCGCCUUCGGAGAAAUAACCUGCCUGCAUGGGGUUCGUUCAAUAGCAAUGUUUAUAGUAGUCAUCGCUAUUUAUAUUCGUUUUUCCAAAAGUACAGGAAUGAAUCCUUUGCGGAUCGCUGGAUAUACCAGAUACAAAACAUGCCAUUACUAAAAGCUGACCUUGCCAUGGACGUUUUCUUGUUUUUGUCUGGUUCGAUGAUUGCGUAUGGAUAUUUUCAAAAAAUGGCGAAACAGCAAAGGUUUGGAAUUAUAUUGCACUACGUCAACAGAUAUUUGAGGCUGACUCCCUCAUUGGCUGCUGUUGUCUUGUUCGCAGCGACUAUGGUCAAGUAUUUGGGUUCAGGUCCUCUAUGGCCAGCUUUCAAUGAAGGUAUACUCGACCCUUGUGUUCAGAAUUGGUGGUACAACAUGCUGUAUAUUCAAACCUUCCUGGAAAAAAGAGUUCGGCCAUCUGGAUGUUAAGUCACCGUCUAAAAACUUCUUUUUAGUGCCUGACAUACACGUGGUAUUCGGCAGUAGAUUUUCAGUUAUUUCUUCUGUCGCCUUUGCUACUAAUCCCUCAUAACCGCAUAUCCAGAUCUAUUUAUGUAAUCGCAUAUAAUUGCCUCUAGUCGUCAGUCGCGCUCGGGAGUCUGAGUGAGGGAUCAGUUUAAAUCCUUUUUAAUAGGGAUAUAGUAUUAUAGCCGUCUGUGAUUGGUAGUAAAAAAAACAUUAACCACUAGAAAAUUUAAACAUCGCCAUUUUGAAGAUAAUUCGCCAUUAUGGGCGUAAAAAAAUACUCAAUAAUUAAAAAGGGAAUCAUUAACAUCAGCACCCGAGGAGGGAUCGCAAGAUUUUGAGUAAAAGGGAAUUUAGAUUUGAAAUAGAAUUGAAACUAACUGUUUAUUACGUUUCUCCGCAGUCAUUGCCGAGCGAGUCUAAGGCGAAUGAAAUUUUUUGCAGGAAUGUUUUGGCUUACAUGAUCGCUUACUACAACAUGUCACCAUUAAGGGCAUUGCCAUGGCUCAUCGGCAUGGUCUUUGGAUAUUUCCUACACGUUUCAAAUAACAAACCAAAUCUGAUUCGAAAGCCGAUCGCCCAGCGAGUUCUGUUCGUGGCGCUGGUUAUUUGCUUCGCUCACGUUUUCGGAGCGGCCGCCGUACUCAACGCCAGCUACAGCAAGUGGAUCAAUUCCAUUUAUCUGUCCUUGUCGCCGACGGCGUUCGUACUGUCCCUUGCGUGGAUUAUUUACUGCUGCAAACUCGGUUACGCGGGUCCAAUCAACAGCUUCCUGUCGUGUCCGCCAUUUAAAAUCGUAUCGAAAUUGACGCACUGCAUAUAUUUGGUGCAAAGCCUGGUAAUACAUUACUCGAUCUUCUCGAUGCGAGUUCCACCUUUCAUAACCGGCUUUGAAAUGACGGUUCAUCAAAUCCCAGGAGAUUUGCUGUACUCGUUCCUGAUCGGGUUGCUUCUUGCCCUGUCCGUCGAGUUACCCACGCAAACUAUUGUGAAUGUCCUUUUGAAAAAACCGUAGGUUAUACGAAUGCAG